AUUAUUCUGCAUUUUACACUAAAAAAUUUCACUAUAUAAUGAAUAAAUAAUAAAUUUUGCAUAUUAUUUAUAAAAAAAACUACAUAAAAGUUCAGAUAUUAUAUAAUAAAAUGUAAAUGUAAAAAUAAUAUUAAAUAAAUCAUUGCUAAUACAAUAUUUAAAAAAAAAUUUUUUUUACUUGUAUAUCAACUUUAAUUCUGUUCACUUGACUUUAAAAAUAUCAAUUUGUUGGAACAAAUGUAAUUAUCAAGAACAAGUUACAAUGAGACGGCAAGACAUUCUACUUAAGCAUAUAUAAUAUGCAGGAAAAAAAAUUUAUAUGCACUUGUACAUGCGCAAUUCAGCCAAGUGCGAGAAACUUUUUAAACUAUUCUCUCUCAGUUUGCGUGAAAUCGUCUUUCCAUCAUCUUCUAUAAUAAUUAUUUAUGCAUAUAAUGGAUGGCAAAGAGUCUCUGAAUUAUUUUAUGAAAUUCAGUCGAAUGACUCUUCAAUUACUUGGAGUAUGGCCCGAUCCUGAUAAAAAUAAAUAUUUAGCAACUUUUCAUUUUUUCGCAAUGGCAGUGUAUUUAUUUUCAUUUGUAAUUUUAGCACAAACAAUACAAUUAAUUAUCAUUUGGGGUGAUUUAGAUGCAAUGUCUGAAAUUUUAGCUUGUGCAUUACUAUUAAUAUUAGUUGCCAUGGCAAAAAUGACAUGCCUCUGGUGCUAUAGAAAAAGAAUGAUAAAACUUCUUGCCUUUAUUAUUCAGGAUUGGAACAAUGCAAAAUCACAUGAAGAACAGAAUAUAAUGCUCGAAUAUAAUCAAUUUAGCAAGAAAAUAUCGCAAAUUUAUAUUUUAAUGGCAUUUACAACAAGUGUUGCACGUUUUUUUCAAAUUUCAUAUAUCAAUGCUGAUGUUUGGUUCACAAAUUAUUCAAAUGCAACUCGAAUAUUAACGGUUGCCGCCUACUUUCCAUUUGAUUGGAAUUACAGUCCUGUUUUUGAAAUUACAUAUAUGUUGGAUUAUACAGCAGCACUUUUAGGAAAUCUAUGCAACGCUGGUACAGAUAGUCUCUUUUCACAAAUUGGUUUUCAUUAUGCCGCUCAAUUUCGAAUUUUGCAUUUAAAUAUUAUUAAUAUCGCCAUCGAUGGAAGCAGUAAACAUUUUAAAGUUAAUUUUAAAAAAAGACUAUGUUACAUCGUUCAAAAGCACGAACAUAUUAACAGAUGUCUGGGAAUGCUUGAAGAUACAUUCUGUUUCAUGUUGCUUGUGCAAUUAUUGUCGCACAGUAUCCUCUUUUGCGUCCAAGGUUAUCAACUAAUUUUAUAUCUAACAGAUAAUGAUUCCAAAUCGGUUCUAUUGGAUUCAAUAUUUAUGAUUAUUUACCUUAUUUAUAUGUUAGGAAACUCAUAUAUUUAUUGUUACGUUUCUGAAAUUCUUCAAGAGGAGAGUCUUACUAUAGGAUUAUCCGCCUAUAAAUGCGAAUGGUUUUCUUUAUCACCAAAAAUGGCGAGAAAUCUUUUAUUUAUUAUUCAACGUUGUCGAAGACCUGUUAAAUUUACAGCCGCUAAAAUCUAUGAGAUGAACAUGCAAAAAUUUGGAAGCAUUUUGAAAACUUCCAUGGGAUACUUAUCAUUAUUAAUAUGCUUUGCAUCAACUUUUCAUUCAGAACAAUUAGCAAUGUUUCACUUUUAUUUAAUGGCAGCAUAUCAAUUCAUCGGUGUUAUUCUAGUGCAAACUAUUAAAUUAAUUAUUAUAUGGGGAGAUGUGGAUACAAUGAGUGAAAUUCUCACAUGUGCAUUAUUACUUGUUUUAUGUGGUUUGGCAAAAAUAAUUGCUCUUUGGUAUUAUAGAAAAAAAUUAUUGGAUGUUCUUUCGACUAUUAUUCAAGACUGGAACAAUUCAAAGACACAAGAGGAACUCGAUAUAUUAAAAAGUCAUGGUUAUUUGAGUAAAAAAAUAUCUUUUAUCUACAUUUCUAUGGCGAUGAGCGCGAGUAUAACACGUGCAUGUCAAUUGACAUAUAUGAAUGCAGAUUUUUGGUUUAAACGUCAUUUAAAUGCAACUCAUUAUUUAUCAAUGGAAGCAUAUUUUCCAUACGACACUGAACCAAGUCCAAUUUUUGAAAUAACAUUUGUUGUCGAUUAUAUGGCGGCAUUCUUUGGAAAUCUAAGCAAUUGCGGUACUGACAGUUUAUUCAUUCAAAUUGGAUUUCAUUUUACUGCUGUAUUUCGAAUUUUACAUUUAAAAUUAAUGAAUAUCGCCACGGAGAUAAAAAAUGGAAAAGUCGAUUUUAAAGAUAAAUUGCGUCAAAUUAUUGAAAAACAUGAGGAUAUUAAUAGAGGUCUUGGACUUCUUCAAGAUAUAUUCUCAAAAAUGCUAAUGGUUCAAUUAAUGGCUCACAGCAUCCUUUUUUGCAUGCAGGGUUAUCAACUAAUUCUUUAUUUAACAGAUGAAAAUUCAGGAACCGUUCUAUUUGAUGCAAUUUUUAUGGUCGCCUAUCUAAUGUACAUGUUGCUGAAUUCGUUUAUUUACUGCUACGUCUCAGAAGAAUUAAAAAAUGCUAGUAUAAAACUUGGAGAAUCAGCCUACAGUUGUAAAUGGUUUCAUUUGUCACCUCAAAAUGCAAGAAAUUUUAUUAUUAUUAUUUUACGAUGUAGAAAACCAAUGGAAUUAACGGCCGCUAAGUUUUAUGUAAUGAAUAUGGAAAAGUUUAGCAGCAUUUUAAAGACGUCACUGGGAUAUCUAUCAUUGCUACUUACAUUGAAAAAAGCCUUAUAGGGGAAAAUAAUUUAGUCUUCAUUAUAUAGAAAUAUAGAAAAUAUAUA